AUGAGCCGCAACAUCUAUCACGACAGUUGGAUUGCCAUUAACAAGUCGGUGAAUGCCUCUGUCAACUCGGUGGCAUCUCAUCUUUUGGAUGAAAGUACUACUAGUGCAUUGCUACAGUGCCAGCCAGCAGUGGCCAGUCCUUGCAGCAAGGAAUCUUCCCAUUUACAAGAACCCAGUUUGUCAGUGCCAGCACCCCUCCCUACUAGCCGGGACAAUUCCAACCUGAGCACCAGCAGCAACUCGCGUGGUCUUAAUGUUACUGACCCCACUGUCAACACCAAGAUGGCCAUGAACAUGAUCAAUGAGAUGUGGUCGGCGAGUCUUUUCAAAGAUGACCUUCAACAGGACACCAACAGCCUAGGACAGACACCCGAACCUGAGCCCAAGGCAGCUGCGAAGGCAAGCGCACCCUUCUCUAUCUUCCAGGAUGAUAGCAAGCCUAGUCAUAUUGGCAAGGAAUCGGGCCCAGCACCAUUCACUAUAUUCAGCGAUACAUCUGAGAAGAAACCAGUGAAGAGUGACCCAUUCACGAUCUUUUCUGAUGAGGCUGAAAGUGCCCCCAAGAAGCAGGAAACCAAACCAUGCCAGCCAUUUGCCAUCUUCUCUGAUGCUGAGGCCUGCAAGGUACCUGACCCAAAUGAUCUGUUCGCCGACGACAACAAUGAGAAUGACCCCCCAGCAGGGUUUGUUCAGCAAAAGGAAUUCAGAAGCACCUCUGGCAUCCUACAGCCUGCCACCAAUGUCCCUGUACUGCUUGUGGAGGAUACUGAGAGGCCAGAAGUGGAGGAGGAGAAAGUGGAAGGGGCUGUGGGUAGUGCUGAUAGAACUAGAGGGGACUUAGGAGGGGACGAUGAUUACCUAGAUGACAUUGUGCCCUUGAAUGGAGGAAACAUGGCUGACUUGACCCUGAAGAUGCCCAAAAACCCUGAGGCUUUUGCCAAGAUGGCCAAGGUGGCAUCCACACCUGGGCCAUGGUCGCUUGGCUGUGUACCCCAGGCCACAACCAAUGGGGACGACUUUACCAUGGCAGUCCUCAAGAUUAACAACCAUUUCCCAGAAAUCAAAGAAAGUGAGGAGGAAAAGGAAGACAGCGGAGAGCUCAUGCCUCCUCCUCCCGUCACGCAAGCUCCUCCCUCCUCACCCAUCCCCAAGCCUGCUCUUUCCCCCAUUAUGGAGGCUUCAAGAGAGUACAGGUCGUCUUCCACCUCCAGCAGCUCUGGCUAUUCCACCACUUCCACCAGUCUUGGAGGCCAAACCGUGCACGGGAUCACACAACAAGGGGGUCUGUCCACGACGCACAUCUCUCGCUCACGACACAACUCCCACACACAGUUAGAGUUUGCCCUUGAGAGUGGAGGACCUGCUCAGACGGGAGACUUCACCAAAUCGGGCUAUUUAGCCGACAAAUCUCGAGGAGAGAGCCUUGCUGAAACCAAACCAAGUUUUGCAACACAGUUUCGAGCAGAUGAUAAAGAUGAUUUUGACCCACGCCAAGCAGCCGUCAUGCUAAUGAACAUGGAUGAAAUGCCACAAUCACUGGCCGAGUCCACCAGGAUUGAUGCAAGAGAAUUUAAACAUGUUCCAGCUUGUAAGACACAGAAGCUAAAGCUACCCGACGUGAUCAAUCCCUUUGCCGACGAUCUCCUGCAAACUCUCCUGCUAAACAUGGAACAUCCUGUUGAGGAGCGAGGAGGCUUUGUGCUGCAACAGGGAAAGCUACCUCAAGUGAAGCCAAAUAGCCAGAUCACCCUUGGAGGCGAGAUGUUCCAUGUGCGGCGCUUACGAGGGGAGGGAGCCUAUGCCAAGGUGUUCCAGGCCUCGACACUCGACCCCAUGAAUGUCACCAUUAUGCCCUCUUUUGAUGACAGUGAUGAAGAUGAUGAGGAUGAGGAUGACGAGAAGCAGAUGAUUCUGAAAAUUCAAAAGCCCUCAUGCCCAUGGGAGUUCUACAUUUGCCAUGAACUCCGUGAACGGCUGAAGGCUGAGAAUGCAUCCAUCAACAUGCUGGAUUCAGUCAUGAGAAUAAACAGGGGAUACUUCUAUAAUAAUGGGUCAAUCCUGGUGAACCAGUACCACAAGUAUGGCACAAUACUGGACAUAGUGAACAGAUACAAGGUUGCUGGCAAGACUGUCCCAGAAGAACUAGCCCUGUAUUUCAUGGUGGAGGUCCUGUCUAUCCUAGAGGCGUUGCACAGUUGCAACAUAAUUCAUGCUGACAUAAAGCCUGACAAUUUCCUGAUCCGCAACACCCCAGUCAUAGAUGCAACAGCAAGAUCCCCAGCUGAGAUGUUUGCAAGCUGUCCAACCUCAGUCAAACUGAUUGAUUUUGGUCGAAGCAUUGACAUGCAGUUGCUGCCUGAGGGAACUACCUUUGUGGAAAAGGUAACAACAGAAGGGUUUACUUGUUGUGAAAUGAGAGAAGGCAAGCCUUGGACCUACCAGCCUGACCUCUAUGGAGCUGCAGCAGUUGCUUUCUGCCUUCUCUUUGGUUCUUAUAUGGAUGUCAAGAAGAGUAUGAGUGGCCAGUGGGAACUGAAGGGUGUCACUCUUAAAAGGUACUGGAAGAAGGAGCUGUGGCAGUCGGUCUUCUCCACUCUGUUGAAUGUACCCUCCUGCGCUGCCAUCCCUAGUCUGUCCAAGCUCAAGCAAGAAAUUAUGACUACCUUCUUUGAGAACGGCAUGCAAAACGAGUUCAAUGUGAAGGUUCAGCAACUGUUCACCAUGAUGAUUCAGAAGACCUGAGGACAAGUCACAGGCUGUUAAGUGAUUUAAGCCUGCACCCAUGACGAUUUUGUAUGAAUGUUUUUUAAAGGAUAACUUUCAGGUGAAGCAAAGUGAUAUGAGAUACCAGUUAGAUAUUGUUAUAAGUGUGAAUUAUUUUUUAGUGAUACUAUGCAAAUUGUCAUAGGAAAUGGUACAUAUAAUGCAUAAUGCAUACAUGUUUCUUACUCGAAGUUCAAAGGUAAUGUGCCUUCACCGCAGCUGAAAAGUUUACUUUUUUAAGGAAAUACUUCUACAGUGUUUUGACAAAGAUGUUACAGUCUUGACUAAACUCUUUUCAUUUCUUUUGUCUUAUAGUUACCAAAGUAUGAAUUAAGCCUUCAUCUUUUCUGUCUUUUAUUUUUUCUUUUAAUUCCUAAUGAUGAUUGUGUUAUUUUUUACGGUUUACAAGCACAAAACUUUGUAAUUUUUUGUAUAAUACACUGUGCAGUGAGGAUUUAACUUGUAAUACAAACUGUGUCAAAGACUGAAGCCUUGCAUAAAUUGAAUUUCUUAAGGCCAAGAUGUAUCUGUAUUUUUUAUGCAACAAAUAAAGAACAAACACUAA